AUGUCCCAGACAGUGGCACUGACCGGCCCCUCGCCUUGGGGCUUCCGGCUGGUGGGGGGCAAGGACUUCAGCACCCCGCUGACCAUCUCCAGGAUUAAUCCUGGGAGUAAGGCAGCCAUGGCUAACCUGUGCCCCGGAGAUAUUAUUCUGGCAAUUAAUGGAGAGAGCACAGAAAAUAUGACUCAUCUAGAAGCACAAAACAAGAUCAAAGCAUGUAUGGACCAGCUGAUGCUAUCUGUGAACAGGGCUGAAGGCAAGACUUGGUCUCCUAAUAUUCUAGAAGAUGGAAAAGCACAAGCUUACCGGAUCAACAUAGAGUCAGAAUCACAGGAUAAUGGGCCCACUCAGAGCCGAAGACCAGUGCCCUAUGCUCCCGGAGGGAGCCCCACUGACAACAAACAGAUGUUGAACUUACAGUACAAUAAUCCAACGCGACUCUAUCCAAAUAACAAUGUCGAAUCCAGUUUGCCAGCACAGAUGAGUGGUCUCCAUAUUGCUUCGCCACACAGUGCCGACCCUUUAAAACCUCUCCCGAGAAGCAGAAAUGGGAUUGACAUGGAGUCAGAUGUGUACAAGAUGCUCCAGGAUUAUGAAAAGCCAGCUUCAGAGCCUAAGCAGUCUGGAUCGUUCCGGUAUUUGCAGGGCAUGUUAGAAGCCGGAGAGAAUGGUGAAAAACUCGACCGACUCACUGGCCCAAGAAGCAUCAAAUCUCCAGUAUCAAAACUUGGUGGUGCCAUGUCUGGAUUGCAGAUGCUUCCUGAGUGCACCAGAUGUGGAAAUGGGAUCGUAGGGACCAUUGUCAAAGCUCGGGACAAGCUCUACCACCCAGAAUGUUUCAUGUGCAAUGACUGUGGCCUAAACCUGAAGCAGAGGGGAUAUUUCUUCAUCGAGGAGCAGCUGUACUGCGAAACGCACGCAAAGGAAAGGGUUAAGCCCCCCGAAGGAUAUGAUGUUGUCGCUGUUUAUCCAAACGCAAAAGUCGAACUUGUCUAA